GCACAGCGUCGCCAUCGGCACUGUUGGCAUCGGCACUGUUGGCAUCGGCACUGUUGGCAUCGACACUGUUGGCAUCGGCACUGUUGGCAUCAGCACCGGCAAGCCGGGUCCCUACUUGUUUGGCAUGCUUCCACAAGCCAGGGUCUACAGCCUGGCCGCACCGGCCAGCGUAUAUAACAGUUGCAUGUGCCCUGGAGAGGCAUCUAUCGACUCCAAUCCCGACGAGCCGAGAUGAAUGCGCUACUGUUCUGCGUGCUCGCUCUAGGAGCCUUGGUCGUGGUGCUUGAGGGAGCCCCGAUACCGUUGGAUGCAAGCUCGCUCGACUCGAUUGAGCUGGAGUUUUGGCAUGGCUCUUCUUCAGCUGCGAGUAUAUGGAAUCCAGUCCAGCACUCAAGCCUGGGUGACAGCCACACUGGGAAAACGACAACACCCCAGAACGUGGCACCAAAAACCGAGUAUGUUCUGUUCAAGCUGAGCCAAGUUUCAAUCCAGAGGCUCCGCCAAUACCUCAUCCACGCCGCGGAAUCCAUCUUCCUGGUCCGCAGCAGAGCCCAGUUCGAGGCAGAGUCGCAGUGGCCCCGACAACUCCAGUUCCAGAACGACGCGCAGAGCGAGGACUACAUCAAAACCGUUGCUGAGCCGCUGUUGCACGGUGCCGAGCCUCAGGACAGUCCUCAAGUCAUCGUCUCCAGCAUGAUUACGUAUCCCGAGAAUCCUUCGGAGGGCGACGAAAGAGACUGUGCAGACACCACGGAAGAUGGCGAGCGAAGCGGACCCAACGGCCAGUCACAACAGCAGAGCGUGCCCGAAGACAGCACUUUGUAUGUCGACGAUAUCGCUGAGGCUCUUCUUCUCGAGGAGCUGGAGUACGAACAGGAUUGUGACGGUCAGGAUGCGGCGCGUUGAAAUGACGGUGGGACGUCUUGUUCGGACAAAACACGCUGUCGUAUGCUCGGCCAACGACGACCAAGUGGGUCAAAUCGUCUCCCUGAGUGUCUAUCUCAUGGGUAUCCGGCAGAAAUAUCGAGUUGACUACUUCAGGCCACGUGGGGGUUGUGGUAUCGA